AGGCAAAGCAAAUGGUGAUGCCGUUUGAUGAGUCGCAGAGUACUUUUUGUGAUCCGGGGACUGGUGGCUGCAUACCUGGAAACCACUGGUUCAAGUGGCAAUUGAGCAGGCAGCCCUUGGAAUGUGCGAUGUCUGGCAGACAGUGGCACUGGCGGAGAUCUUUUCCCUAGCCGCGGGGGUUAACAGGCAGCAGCAACAGCAACAGCCAAUCCAGCAUAUCCCAUCUCCAUCUUCGAGAAGGUAGCUGUGCUCAUGCUGAUGCGGGUGUUGCACAUCCAUCACUCGGCGUUCCGUCAGCGCGUCAAGGUGCAGGUCGGAAAUGCGCUGCAUCUUGCAGUGUGUCGUCGCUCUAUACUGGAGACAGGGUCGACCCACACGCUACAGUCGCUACUUGAUGAGCGCAAAGUCUUGCUCGAUGCAUAUGUAGACAGCAUAUUCCUGCUGCUUAACAAGCUGGGGCCGACCAUCCGGCUGAUAGGCGACAUUAUGCUCACGUACUCGGUCGUUGGCUGGCGGAUCGUUGUGCUGUUUGGCACCAUCCUAGCACUGACUGCCGUAUCCGAGGCCAUAUCGGGCGUGUACAAGCAGCGGCGGCUAGACCGCAAGCGACCACGGACACUUCAUACGCGGAUCACCGAGAUGCUGCCUUCGAUAUUGGCUAUCAAGCUAAACAGCUGGGAAAGCGCCUUCUUGUCGCUGUUGCCAGGUGACAACUAUGACGACCGGGGCACAGGCUUUCUAAAGGUGUUAGCAGCAGCUGUCAGACGCAUGACCAAGGAGGCGGCGGUGCUCCUUGCGCUAUCGGUGUUUCCAAUCCCAGCUAUGCGGCUGAGCAACGCAGAUAUCAUUCGGCUGAUUAUGUCAUUGAAGUCAGCGGGCAGCUCAUGUGGUGAGCUGUUUCAAAAUGUAUCGCAAAUCGCCGAAAUAUUCCGGUUGGAGCGGCUUAUUCAAGGGCGGCUUCGGCAAAAGAGGUCGGUGGCUACAACCGAAAUAUCUCGGUACCAGAAAGGAGGGCCGAGAGUGGUGAUGAACAAUGCGUCGUUCGCAUGGUUUGGGCAGGCGGAGCCAGCGCUGCAUAUGUCAAGCAUUUCCAUCCAGGACGGCGAGCUUGUUGCAGUGACUGGCCAAGUUGGGUCAGGCAAGUCGGCGUUGCUGCUGGCGAUUCUGGGCGAGAUGCAGCUCGAUGAGCGGAAGUAGCACGCGAUUUGGGUCAGUUGCAUACGUAGAUCAGCAAGCAUGGCUCAUGAAUGGAACGCUCCGCGAUAAUAUACUGUUUGGACGGCCUUUUGACAAGCAGUACUAUGACGAGGUCCUGAAUGCCUGCGCACUGAGCAGCGAUAUAGAGCGGAUGCCCAACGCCGACAUGACCGAGAUCACCAACCAGGGCACCAAUUUGUCUGGCGGACAGCGCACACGGCUGUCGCUGGCAAGGGCCCUAUACUCACAAGCAGACAUUUACUUGUUUGACAGGUAUCUUUGCAGCAGUUGAUGCCAAGGUGGCCAAGCAUAUCUGGCAGAGCGUGCUAUCGGAGAAAGGGUUGCUUCAGAGCCGAACCCGGAUACUGGUUUCU